AUGCCUCAGACCUCCAGCAGGCAGCUGCUCCUCCAGGUGCUCCAGUGCCUCCCACCUGACUUGAGGAUCCCUCAACCAAUAUUUGGCGAGUAUGAUACUCUCUUGAGCGAGCGGUGUCUUGUCACCCAGGCCGUUUUCUACAACAUUCCAGAAGUCAAACCCCGUCAAGAAGUCUUCUGUGUGACGCGUGGGGCUUACAUUGGUGUAGUGGCAGGCUGGGAGAAUGCACUUAACUGCAUUCUGGGUGUCCCUGGCGCCGUUCACUAUCGUGUUGAUUCCAUCGCAAUUGGCGAGGAAAAAAUCAGAAAUGCAAUUGAUGAAGCACACAUUGAGAUGGUGGAACCCUGGGCAUCCCCAGACUUGUAA